AUGGCGUUCUACUCGCAUACUUUAAGGGGACGAAGAACUUCAAGUACUUUCAAUCUAAAUUGUUACAUAACCUAUAACCUAUCUGACAGGCUUGGUUCUUCUCUUCGGUUCAGUUCAAAUUGACAUUCUUGAUCGCCAGUUCCCUUCAGGUAUUUUGGGACUUUCUUUCCCAGGAGCAACACAUCAUUCGAUUUCGUCACGAUUUUAUUAUUAUCAUUUUUAUUACAUUUUAUUACAUUUUAUCUUUGUUAAAUCUUCCGACGAUUUUUAGUGCCUAUCUCGGCUGGGAGGUUAGAUUUCUCUAUGACGGAUAAGAAUCCGCAACUUUCCUGCGGUCGAAAGUUCCUGAAACUUACAACUUGCUACUUCAAUAUUAAACUUGCUGGAGACAGGUUGCCAAUGGCGGAUAGAAUUGCAGAAGAGAAUGGAAAAAGACGAUUGGAAUGGGUUUGCCGCGCAAUUUGCGGUGGUAACACAUGUGACGAGCAUUAUCGAGUGCAAUGA